CUAGUAUAAGUAUUGUUCUGUAGUCCCGAUGGUGAGCAUAGUUUCCUAAAUUUCCUUCUCUCCUGUGCUCGUGCAACUCUCCUCAUUCUAUACUAAUGAUGUAAAUUGAUUUAACACAAGUGCCUAUGAGCGGUUGGGUCUCUAUUUUCUGCGAAAUUACUGAUUUUUCACCUUCCGAGUCAAGGUAUCUCUGACAAGCAUAAAUUUGACACUGGAAUCAGCUAGAUGUCCGUCGACUUUGACACACCAGUCCCCCUCACUCCAUAUUCUGAGUUAAGCAUCAACGGCGGUUCAGCUUCAAUAGGCUGAUGGCAAGUCUCCAAUUCUACCUCCAUCAACAACAGUGAUGUUCCCGCUCAGAUAUCCUCCUGCUCGGCUCAUCAUGAACAACGCAGUGCCCGCAAUAUCUUCUUCUGAUCCAGCUCUCUCCAGCGGGCAGACUUGCUUCGACACUCCUCCCUCCUUUGAUGGGUCGGCAUUCAAGAAAGAAGGAUGGCCCUCCGUCAUCUCACUAGGAAACAUUCCAGGUGCGAUGCCAUUGACUCGUAUUUUAUACGGACCAAAGGUCGUAGCAAGGAUUUUGAUGAGGUGGUUGGUACCUGCUUUCGAAGCCGAGUAAGAUAUUCCUGCCGCCAUCUUGCGCGAAAAACUUGCAACCGAUGAUGUGACAAUGAUGUUGGACUUCUGCUCCACGUUCUUGCGUUUGUUACCCUCGUCCAAGAGCUCUAGGAAGGCUAGCGCCGAAUAGAACGUGCCGGAGACGUUGACAUGAGAGGCUUGACUGAAAUCUUCGAUGCUUGGUUUCCACAUCGCAUCCUUGAACUCCUUGACUGUUGGUUGUCUGUCCGUUGGAAGACCCGUGGACGCUGUGCUGACACCUAUAAUGCCACUGUUCGCAAAAAGAACAUUGAUGAAGCCUUGUUCUUUCUGGAUACGGUCGGCAGCUGCUUCAAGGGAGUCUUUGGAUGUAACAUCUCCUUGGAUAGGAAUGAUUGAGCCAUUGACACCCUGUGCGGCAGCUUUCUUCAGGCUCUCCUCUCGACGCCCGAUAAUAUAGACUGCUUUGGCGCCAUUAGCAUCGAGUGCUUUUGCUACAGUCAGGCCAAGGCCACUUCCGCCUCCUGUGAUUACAGCAACAAGUCCUUUGACUCCGUAGAGAUUGUUGACGGCGAGAUUAGACAUUGCGAGCCCGAAACAAAGGUACUUAUAGUUUCACUGAGAACAGAUGGAGGACAAUAUUGAAGUACCAUGCAACAAUAAAGUCAAAAGAUGCUAUCGGAUCAACACCGCACUAUGCCUGAUAUGUCUGAUGACGGACGAAUCGAACGCCCGCAAGCAUUGCAUCAUCUCUAAACGGCCUACUGAUUACCUGCUGGUACGAGCUGUGGAGCGCGCUGCAGCCUCGUUCGUGUAUGGCUCCCUUGGUCAUCUCACAAUUCUAAGUUCAGUGAGAUAUGAGAGAUCUACCGACGAGCUCCUAAAGCCGAAAGUUGGCCAGAAAAGCGUCUGUCUGGAGUGGUUUUGUCAUGCUGUUAAGUACCGGGGUUCAAAUAAUCGUUUGAAGAAAUCGGUUGAAUGCUAAAAUCCCAAAAAUAUGUCGAGCAAAGGAACAGUGAAAUUGGGGCACAUUAUUGGGUUCAAAAAGCAUCGGUCUUGGAAGGAGAGCAAGUUUGAAUCGAAUAGAAGCAAGGAGCUGAAUCGCUGCACCAAGAAUGCCCCAGGUAGCGCUUGAGUCUUCUCGGAAUAGCGCUUGGUCGCUAAACCAUCAACCAUCUACUGCACUUCUCUCACUGCACUUUCAUCUUCCCUCGAAAUGAUGAGACAUUUGCCGGCUCAUAACUAUCGAUCCAGCUAUGGCUGAUCAAAACAGUCAUGGCGUUGGACGUCGAUCCAGCCCUAUCAGAAGGAUAAGACAGGCGUGCCUGAAUUGCCGACGCAAGAAAUCCAAAUGUCCCGGAGAAAAACCACAAUGCUCUAUUUGUGCAAGACUCGGGCAGAGGUGUCUAUAUGAAAGUCCCGAGUCUGAAGGUCGAAAACGGAAGAGAUCACCUGAACAAUCACAUCGCCAUAGUCUAGCAGGAGGCGAGGUAUCCAAAAGAUUUGGUAAUAUUGAGCAGAAGCUAGAGGAGCUUGCAGCUUCCAUGCAGAAAGUGGUACCAGCUUCAAACAGUCCCAAAAUAGCUGCCACUGCACUGGUAGAUGUCUCAAAUACCUUGAGGAGCCCUAAAGAAUCAAACGGGGUGUCUGAAGCUCGAAAUAACCUUCCUUUACCAAGAUCACAUCAUCCCAGCCGACAGAAUAGUACACAAUAUCUUGGGAGCGAAGGGUUACCUGCUGAUGUGAUUGAAGAUGGAAUCAUCGCAUAUUUCACAUGCUUCCAUUCUCAGCCUUACAAUUUGCUUUGCCGGGCGGCUUCGCUGCGGCCGAACAGCUCAUUAGACCCCGUAGUUCUCAAUCCCAUGCUGGCAUUGAGCAUUCGUUGUUCCUCUCAUGAAUUUUGGGAGGAUCAAAGUAAAAUCAAUGAUUGGAUUCGUGCAUUAUCAGACUGGUCAUGGUACAAUCUCCUGCAACGCUACGGAGAAGGAGACACAAGUCUUGAAUAUCUCCAAGGACUCUGUCUGCUGGCGCAAGUUGAUUUUGCAGACGGGAGAGUACAGAGAGCUCACACCCAAAUCUCGCUGGGUGUUCGAAUCGCCCAAUCUCUUGGCUAUCUCUCUGAAUCUACGGAUUCUGAGAAUGAAGCCAAGAGUCAAGAGGUUAUUCGCUGCACUUGGACACUAUUCAUGCUGGAUCGCACUUUCAGCAUGGCCCGCCUUGUCUCCCCUUCCCAACCUUACCAAGCAUUUCAGCUGCCGAAACCAACUUGGGAGGGAGCAUUGUUACUCGACGAGUCCCAAAGAAACACAAAUCUCGGUACUACGUCCAAGACUCUUUCUCUGUCUAAUGACCAGGACCUGUCAGCACUCCUAGUAGGCGUGUAUUCGCUCUGGGAUGAUGCGAUCAGAUAUGUGUUCCAGACGAAUGACAAGAGCGACAUGCCUCCCUGGCAUCCGACGUCUGAUCUGGCCACUAUCGAAUACAGGUUCGCAGAUUUUGAACCUGAAUUCUCUACACAUCGAUACAGAGAGGUCAAUUUCCCUCGCCGAGCAAUACAGGAGCCACACAUGCGCCCAUACUUUGCAUCAUGGCUAUGUUUUCAGUUGACUUACAUGUCGAUACAAUGUUGCAUCCAUCACCCAUUCAUCAUGUUUAUCAAACUGCAGCACGUCAUUAGAAAAGUCCCACCUAGCUUUCUACAAAAGUCGUAUAAAAGCUCGCUUAUCCAUUCCCGCUGGAUCAUCAGGUUUUUGGACGAAAUGGAUGAAGCUGGCAUGAUGCUCCACGACCCUUUUAUUGGUUAUCUUACUGCAAUUGCAGCCACUAUUCAGCUCGAACAUACUCUGAGUAAGCAUGCAGAUGUUGCGGCAGCAGCAACUUUGAGUUUUAGGAGCGCCAUCAGAUAUCUCAAAAAGCUCUCGAAGUACUGGAACAGUAUCACAGAAUUGCUCGGGAUUGUGGAAGAACUGGCUGCCAGACUUCGACAUCGUCAUACUCUCUACUACUCACAGGAUGAUUAUGAUGGGAUUCUGCCAGCAGUCGAGAGUGAGAGGGUUGGACUUGCAGGCGACGAUAUGAGUCUAAUGUGGAAGGUGUUCGACUACGCCUCGAUGUCAGCAUCGAACGGGAAGUCCUCUCGGGCUCAGCCAGAGACUUUCACUGCUGGUCAAAAGGAUUCUGUAGCCAUACCAUCUCAAGGCCAGGGCAGACCACCAAAUGAUGUUGGCAUUAUAUCUGGGCGAGAAGACGAUUGGGUUGAUGUACCACCUAACAGCAUGACUUCUGCUAGUCUGGAUUUUCAAAGUCUCCCUGGAGCACAAUCAAGCCUUGAACAACUAAACCUAUCGCUCUUCGACCAAAUCCCAGAAGAUUGGGCAUUUACAAUCGACGACUGGACUUUGUUUGGAGCACCAGGUUCCACAUACUUCUACAACGAAUCAUCCUGAAAAAUUUAUGGUUUUUGUUACAUACUUGGUAGUGAAUAUUUGGCAACGGCUUCUAAUUAUGAUUAACAGGCAACCUCAUAGGGCCUGACGCUAUAUAAAGACUCUUCCUUCUCCGACAAGGAUAUAUCGAAACCAAGUACUCCGAGACUCUGACUGCACCUUCGUCCAGCGAAGUUGCCAAAGGAAACACCCUCAUCUGGCGUUCGCCUCAUGACGUUAGGAGCUUCCGCUGAGUACUUUUGUCUGUACUUUUCCAGCAACUCCGGCGUCACAUCACUACCACCACACACAGCGACCACGAUCUUCAUCUUUCGCCACUCA